AUGUCCACAGAGUUCCAGGAUGCUCACCUUGCAGAGGUGAAACCUCUGGUGGAGAAGGAGGAGGCUAUCACUCGCCUCCUUCCAGACUUUGAUGUUCAGGAGCAAGAUGUGGAGACUGUACAUGGCUCGGUCCAUGUCACCAUGUGUGGGACUCCCCGAGGUAACCGACCAGCUAUCCUCACCUACCACGACAUUGGUCUGAAUCAUAAAACUUGCUUCAAUCCUCUCUUCAACUUUGAGGAUAUGCAGGAAAUCACCCAGCACUUUGCAGUCUGCCAUGUGGAUGCACCUGGUCAGCAGGAUGGAGCACCCUCCUUCCAAGCUGGGUACGUGUAUCCCUCCAUGGAUCAGCUGGCUGAAAUGCUUCCUGGAAUCCUGAAACAGUUUGGGCUGAAGAGCAUUAUAGGAAUGGGAACUGGAGCCGGUGCCUACAUCUUAACCAGAUUUGCGUUAAACCAUGCGGAAAUGGUGGAGGGAUUAGUUCUCAUUAAUGUAAACCCUUGUGCUGAAGGUUGGAUGGACUGGGCAGCAACUAAGAUUUCAGGUUGGACAAAUGCUCUGCCAGACAUGGUCAUUUCACAUCUCUUUGGAAAGGAAGAGAUUCACAGCAACCAUGACCUGAUCCAUACUUACCGUCAGCAUAUUAUUAACGAUAUGAAUCAAACCAACCUUCAUCUCUUUGUCAACUCUUACAACAGUCGACGAGACCUAGAGAUUGAGCGCCCUGUUCCUGGAAUAAAUGUUGUCACCCUUCAGUGCCCCGUCCUGCUGGUGGUUGGUGACAGCUCGCCGGCGGUGGACGCCGUGGUUGAAUGCAACGCAAAGCUGGACCCAACAAGGACCACGCUUCUGAAGAUGGCUGACUGUGGUGGGCUCCCUCAAGUUUCCCAGCCUGCCAAGCUUGCAGAAGCUUUCAAGUACUUUGUUCAGGGAAUGGGAUACAUCCCCUCUGCUAGCAUGACCAGGCUGAUGAGGUCCCGCACCGCUUCUGGCUCCAGCGUAACCUCUUUGGAAGGACAGAGGAGCCGGUCUCACACCGGGGAAGGCACGAGAAGCCGGUCUCACACCGGGGAGGGAACGAGGAGCCGAUCCCACACCGGGGACGGUGGCAGGAACCGCUCCCACACAGACACGCGCAUCGAGCUGACACCGAACUCGGCGAGCAACGCUGAACAAUCAAGCCCCAAGUCCAUGGAAGUGUCCUGUUAGAUGGCUGUGGGAGGUUUAAACUGGUCACAGUGUGAAAAAGUAAUGGAUGCCCCCUGUGUAUCACAAAAGCAUAGCUGGUAUUAAUCUCAAGCUAUUCCGUAGGAUGAACUCUGUUCACCAGGGUCUGACAGGGACCAAAGAAAAGAAGCAUCUCAUUUGCUCUGUCGUUAUUCUUGUAACUCAGACAGUCGCUGCUAUUGUGCCCUCCUUCAAUGGAUGCCAAAUUCUAAAGGAUACUUGCCAAAAGUUGAUGUGGUUGUAAACACUUCAGAGUCGAACCAGACUUGCUUAAUAUCCUCCUUUAAAAUCAAAGCUGUUACAUGCCCCUUUAUCUCUUAUUCUUUUGAAGUAAACUGGCACAAUUUGAGAUGAGUUUCAAAGAGGGGGAGAAAAAAAAUCGCUACUAUGGAUGGCUUUUAAAGAAGGAAAUGAAACAAAUGUGUUAUGGCCUCAUGUUGAAGCUGGAGUCGAAUUCAUUGUAUAUAGCUUGACUUCAAAUGAUAGAGAAGUUAAUGUAUCGUGCAUUUAUAGGC